AUGCAGCCUCACGAUCCUCCUAUCAUAGUUUCAUCUCAAACAAAUCACGCCUUGGAUCAACUUCUGCGACACAUCUCAGUUUUCGAGAAGAACUAUAUUCGCUUAGGAGGCAGAAGCAACGACCCUGAAAUCAAGAAGCGUACUCUAUUUUCUAUCAGACAAGAAGAGUCACCAGUCACGGUUCAGGGUGGCAUGUAUGGUCCGUCAAUGAGGAAAUACAAGACUCUGGUGACUACAGUCGUGGAGUUGCUGGAUGCUUUCAGCCAAGACAACGAUGGGACGCCUCUAUCUUCAAAGCUUUUUGCUAAGCACGGGCUGCUGACAGCAGAGCAAUAUGAUUCCCUUGCAAAGGGAGCUAAGGAUUGGAUCCGUCCUGGUGCCGAAGAAGAUGCCGAUCCUCUAAUCGCAUGGCUCGGAGAUCAAGUGGUCAAGUUCCAGGUGACAUACACGAAGGAGAACUUCGGCUUUGAUGAAGACGAGGUAGAUCUUGAAUACGAACAGCUCAAAGAACUCGAGGCGGAGCAAGGGAUUGACGAGGACGACUAUGAAAAUCUCAGAGGACAAUUCAUCUUUCUGCGCGAAGCGAUGCGUGGAUUGGUUCCUUCCAGUCUUCCAGAGACAGCCUGUCUGGACUACCUGAGGCACUCUGAUAUGUGGAAGGUCCCAGUCAAGGCACGUGGUGCGGUUUAUGAUGCGCUACGGAGCCAGCUCAAGACGAUGCUUUUGGAACAAUUCCGAAAGCUCGCCGCUGCCUACACAAGGAACUGCGAAGAUCUUCGGAUUGCAAAGUGGGAGCGAGACUACCUCAUUCUCCGGAACGCCAAGAUCAUUGGUAUGACUGCGACAGGCUUGAGCAAAUACAGGGCUCUGGUUUCCAGUGUGAAACCAAAGACUAUCCUGAUCGAAGAAGCAGCCGAGGCCAUUGAGGCCCCGAUAGCCGUUGCCUGUCUUGAUUCGGUCCAACACAUGAUACUUGUGGGCGAUCACCAACAGCUCAAGGGCCAUUGCGCAGUGCAAGAUCUCGAAGGUGAACCUUUCCAUCUGGAUGUGUCCAUGUUCGAACGGCUCGUGAAGAAUGGAAUUGGCUACAUUACUCUGAGGCGCCAAAGGCGUAUGGUGCCGGAAAUCCGCCGCCUGCUGGAGCCUAUCUACGGAGAACUGCAAGAUCAUCAGAGUGUCCUCCGGCGUCCAAAAGUUCCGGGCAUGGGCGACCUCAGAUCUUUCUUCUUCUCGCAUAGCUGGCCAGAAAGCAGUGACAGCCUGGCGUCCAAAUACAACGUGAUGGAGGCGGAAAUGAUCGUCGGAUUCUUUGUUUACCUUGUGCUCAACGGCGUCUCGGUAGACAACAUAACCGUUUUGACGUUCUACAAUGGCCAGAGGAAGAAAUUAUUGAAGCUGAUGAGGAAUCAUUCAUACCUCCAGGGCCAGUAUGUCAAGGUUGUGACGGUCGAUUCAUACCAGGGAGAAGAGAAUGACAUUAUCAUCCUCUCCUUGAACCUUCCGACUGGAAAAAAACGAAUGGCGGGUGCCGCCAACCAUGCGAGGAGCCACUGGAUUGUGGGCAUAAGUGUGCCCUCCAAUGUCAUAGAAUUGGAACCGGCAAAUGUGAAAGGGUCCUCGAUUGACCGUCGACAGAGGGUUUCGGCGGAGGAGGAACUAAAGAAAAAGGCAAUCAGAGGCUACCAAGAAUUCGCGCAAUGGGGAGCUAAGCAGCAAGAUAUUCUCUUGCUCAGAAAAGCGAACCCGAGAAGCUUAGCUGCGAUGCAGAGAGGAACCCAGAAUGUUAUUCUGACCAACGAUUCCAGCCCAACGCGUCAUAAGAAAGGAAAGAAGAGGGUCUCUGCAGUCUCUGCUAAGGAGGGCGGGAUAUCGAGGGCCGUGCCGGUAGGGAAGCUUCUGGAGGACUGA